GCCCCGCAGCGUCGCGCCCGCGCACGAGUGACCGGCACCUUCUGAGCCAGCGGCACAGAGCGCAGACAUCCCUGCCUUACGCCACUCCAGGGCACAGGUGGGACCCUUUUUUCAACCCCUGGUGUCGGGCCACCCAAGGCUGCGCAGGACGCAGGACGUUUGGGACCUGGCGGCGGACUGGGGCGGUACCUGUGGAGGGCCACGCAACUUCUCCAGGCCUCCUGCUACUUUGGAAACUGCCUGGGGCUGCGACAUCAACCCCUUAAGUCCCGGAGGCGGAAAGAGGGUGGGUUGGUUUGAAAGACAGAAGGAAAAAAAAAUGUGUUGUGGGGCGGGUUAAGUUUCCCACCCUCUUCCCCCUUCCCGAGCAAAUUAAAAACAAAACAAAUAGAAAAGCCAGCCCUCCAGCCAACCAAAGCCCCAAGCCGAGCCCUAGCCGGAGCACUCCUUUAAAAGGAUUUGCAGUGGUGAGGAAAAAACCAGACCCGACCGAGGAAUCGUUCCGCAAAUCCAGGUGUACAUCUCUGAAGUAAGAUGAUGUGUCAGAAAUUCUAUGUGGUUUUGUUACACUGGGAAUUUCUUUAUGUGAUAGCUGCACUUAACCUGGCAUAUCCAAUCUCUCCCUGGAAAUUUAAGUUGUUUUGUGCACCACCGAAUACAACCGAUGACUCCUUUCUCUCACCUGCUGGAGUCCCAAACAAUGCUUCAGCUUUGAAGGGGGAUUCUGAAGCUAAAUUUAAUUCAAGUGGUAUCUACAUUUCUGAGUUAUCCAAAACAAUCUUCCACUGUUGUUUUGGGGAUGAGCAAGGUCAAAACUGCUCUGCACUCACAGACAACACUGAAGGAAAGACACUGGCCUCAGUGGUGAAGGCUUUAGUUUUUCGCCAGCUAGGUGUAAACUGGGACAUAGAGUGCUGGAUGAAAGGGGACUUGACAUUAUUCAUCUGCCAUGUGGAACCGUUACUUAUGAACCCCUUCAAGAAUUAUGACUCGAAGGUCCAUCUUUUAUAUGAUCUGCCUGAAGUCAUAGAUGCUUUGCCUCUGCCCCCGCUGAAAGACAGCUUUCAGACUGUCCAGUGCAACUGCAGUGUUCGGGAAUGUGAAUGUCAUGUUCCGGUACCCAGAGCCAAACUCAACUAUGCUCUUCUGAUGUAUUUGGAAAUCACAUCUGCUGGUGUGAGUUUUCAGUCACCUCUGAUGUCACUGCAGCCCAUGCUUGUUGUGAAGCCCGAUCCACCACUAGGUUUGCAUAUGGAAGUCACAGAUGAUGGUAAUUUAAAGAUUUCUUGGGACAGCCAAACAAUAGCACCAUUUCCUCUUCAAUAUCAGGUGAAAUAUUUAGAGAAUUCUACAAUUGUAAGAGAGGCUGCUGAAAUCGUCUCAGCUACAUCUCUGCUGGUAGACAAUGUGCUUCCUGGAUCUUCAUAUGAGGUCCAGGUGAGGAGCAAAAGACUGGAUGGCUCAGGAGUCUGGAGUGACUGGAGCUCACCUCAAGUCUUUACCACACAAGAUGUUCUGUAUAUUCCACCCAAAAUUCUGACAAGUGUUGGAUCAAAUGCUUCCUUUCAUUGCAUCUACAAAAAUGAAAACCAGAUUAUCUCCUCAAAACAGAUAGUUUGGUGGAUGAAUCUAGCUGAGAAAAUCCCUGAGAUACAGUACAGCAUUGUGAGCAACCAUGUUAGCAAAGUUACUUUCUCCAACCUGAAAGCCACCAGACCUCGCGGGAAGUUUACCUAUGAUGCAGUGUACUGCUGCCAUGAGCAGGCGUGCCAUCACCGCUAUGCUGAAUUAUAUGUGAUUGAUGUCAAUAUCAAUAUAUCAUGUGAAACUGACGGGUACUUAACUAAAAUGACUUGCAGAUGGUCACCCAGCACAAUCCAAUCACUAGUGGGCAGCACUGUGCAGUUGAGGUAUCACAGGCGCAGCCUGUAUUGUCCUGAUAGUCCAUCUGUUCAUCCUACAUCCGAGCCCAAAAACUGCAUCUUACAGAGAGAUGGCUUUUAUGAAUGUGUUUUCCAGCCAAUCUUUCUAUUAUCUGGCUAUACAAUGUGGAUCAGGAUCAACCAUUCUUUAGGUUCACUUGAGUCUCCACCAACGUGUGUCCUUCCUGACUCUGUAGUAAAACCAUUACCUCCAUCUAAUGUAAAAGCAGAGAUUACUAUAAACACUGGAUUGUUGAAAGUAUCUUGGGAAAAGCCAGUCUUUCCAGAGAACAACCUUCAGUUCCAGAUUCGAUAUGGCUUAAGUGGAAAAGAAAUACAGUGGAAGACACACGAGGUAUUCGAUGCAAAAUCAAAGUCUGCCAGCCUGCCGGUGUCAGACCUCUGUGCAGUCUAUGUGGUACAGGUUCGCUGCCGGCGGUUGGAUGGACUAGGGUAUUGGAGUAAUUGGAGCAGUCCAGCCUACACGCUUGUCAUGGAUGUAAAAGUUCCUAUGAGAGGGCCUGAAUUUUGGAGAAUAAUGGAUGGGGAUCUUACUAAAAAGGAGAGAAAUGUCACCUUGCUUUGGAAGCCCCUGACGAAAAAUGACUCACUGUGUAGUGUGAGGAGGUAUGUGGUGAAGCAUCGUACUGCCCACAAUGGCACAUGGUCAGAAGAUGUGGGAAAUCAGACCAAUCUCACUUUUCUGUGGACAGAACCAUCACACACUGUUACAGUUCUGGCUAUCAAUACCAUUGGUGCUUCCCUUGUGAAUUUUAACCUUACGUUCUCAUGGCCCAUGAGUAAAGUGAGUGCUGUGGAAUCACUCAGUGCUUAUCCUUUAAGCAGCAACUGUGUCAUCCUUUCCUGGACACUGUCACCUGAUGAUUAUAGGCUGUUAUACCUGGUUAUUGAAUGGAAGAUCCUUAAUGAAGAUGGCGGGAUGAAAUGGCUUAGAAUCCCCUCAAAUGUCAAAAAGUAUUAUAUCUAUGAUAAUUUUAUUCCCAUUGAGAAAUAUCAGUUUAGUCUUUACCCAGUAUUUAUGGAAGGAGUUGGAAAACCAAAGACAAUUAAUGGUUUCACCAAAGAUGCAAUCGACAAGCAGCAGAAUGACGCAGGGCUGUAUGUCAUUGUACCCAUAAUUAUUUCCUCCUGUGUCUUACUGCUCGGAACACUGUUAAUUUCACACCAGAGAAUGAAAAAGUUGUUUUGGGAUGAUGUUCCAAACCCCAAGAAUUGUUCCUGGGCGCAAGGACUUAAUUUCCAAAAGCCUGAAACAUUUGAACAUCUUUUUACCAAGCAUGCAGAAUCAGUGAUAUUUGGUCCUCUUCUUCUGGAGCCUGAACCCAUUUCAGAAGAAAUCAGUGUCGAUACAGCUUGGAAAAAUAAAGAUGAGAUGGUUCCAGCAGCUAUGGUCUCGCUUCUUUUGACAACUCCAGACCCUGAAAGGGGUUCUAUUUGUAUUAGUGACCAGUGUAACAGUGCUAACUUCUCUGGGGCUCAGAGCACCCACAUAACCUGUGAGGAUGAGUGUCAGAGACAACCCUCAGUUAAAUAUGCAACUCUGGUCAGCAACGCAAAACCAGUGGAAUCUGAUGAAGAGCAAGGGCUUAUACAUAGUUCUGUCAACAAGUGCAUCUCCAGUAAACAUUCCCCACUGAGACAGUCUUUCUCUAGCAGCUCCUGGGAGAUAGAGGCCCAGGCAUUUUUCCUUUUAUCAGAUCAGCAACCCAACAUGAUUUCACCACAACUUUCAUUCUCAGGGUUGGAUGAGUUUUUGGAACUGGAGGGAAAUUUUCCUGAAGAAAAUCACGGGGAAAAGUCUGUCUAUUAUCUGGGAGUCACCUCAGUCAACAAGAAAGAGAAUGAUGUGCUUUUGACUGAUGAGGCAGGGGUAUUGUGCCCAUUCCCAGCCCAGUGUCUGUUCAGUGACAUCAGAAUUCUCCAGGAGAGUUGCUCACACUUUGUAGAAAAUAAUUUGAAUUUAGGGACCUCUGGUAAGAACUUUGUACCUUACAUGCCUCAAUUUCAAACCUGUUCCAUUCACAGUCAUAAGAUAAUGGAGAAUAAGAUGUGUGACUUAACUGUGUAAUCUCAUCCAAGAAGCCUCCAGGUUCCAUUCCAGUAGAGCAUGUCAUGUAUAAUAUGUUCUUUUAUUGUUACUGAUGUGGGAGACAAGUGUCAGAGUCUAGUUUGAAAUUUGUUUCCAAAAUAAGUGUGUCUAUCUUCUCUCAGUAAUACAAACAAAACAUAUGAGGAAGCCUUCAUGAAUCUAGUGAUGCAGAUCCUCUCUUAUUGAAUAUACCCCCAAGAUAUCCUUGGGGAGGGUCUCCUGGUUCUAGCUAAAAAUAAAUCCAGGAAAUAGAAUCUCCCUAAAAAC